GAUGGGGCGUGUCGCGAGAGCCGCUCCCUCUACGCCGCCGCGGGCGCCGAGCUGCGUGCCGCCGCGCACGCCAGCGCCGCCGAGCGCUCGGAGCGGGAGGCCGAGGCGCUGUCGCUGCGCCGGCGGACGGGCGUGCUGCGGGACGAGGCGCACGCCGCCCGCGAGCGGGGCGACCGCGCCGUGCAGCAGCUGGAGGAGCUCCAGGCCAGGGCCGCGCGUGCCGACGCCGAGGGCGGCAAGUGGGCCUCCGAGAGGGCCCAGGAGAUGGCCCGGCUCCGGCGGCUGCUCAGCGGCGAGGAGGCGGCCGCUGCCCAGCACGCGGAUGAGCGGAGGCGGUUGACGGCCGAGGUGCAGGCCGCGCGCAAGCACGCGGCGAGGCACGCGGCGUCCUCCGAGGCGGCGGAGGCGGCGCAGGGCGAG